CCGCAGGGAGAACGACAGCGAAAGCUUGGGAAUCGAGGGGAUCAAAAGUGAAAUUAUUAUGACGGGUAUGAUGCGACGUGGGGAGCUCUCGGGCAGCUCUUAAAAAGCUUUGGUCCCUCUCAAUCCGGUAGCUGGCAGUUUAUCUUCAUCCUCAUCACACAGCAUCAUCACCACCUCUGACAAUCAAUUCUACCCAAUCUACCAAAUCAACACACAGAAAUCUAUCACAAUGGCUCCCAAGAUCCUCGUCGUCCUCACGUCUGCGGACAAGAUGACCACAACCGGCAAGCCCACUGGCUGGUAUCUCCCCGAACUCGCCCACCCCUACGAUGUCCUAGCCCCCAAGGCCGAGCUUGUCAUGGCCUCGCCCAAGGGUGGCAAGGCCCCUUUGGACCAGGCCUCCGUUGAGGCCUUCAAGGAAGACAAGGCCUCAGUGGAGUUCCUCAACAACAAGUCCUCCGUCUGGGAGAACACCACCCCCCUCAAGGAAUUCCUCGGCCGCGCCAACGAGUUUGAUGCCCUCUUCUACCCCGGCGGCCACGGCCCCAUGUUCGACCUCGCCACCUCGGAGGACUCGAUCAAGCUGAUCCAGGAGUUCUGGGCCGCCGGCAAGCCCGUGUCCGCCGUCUGCCACGGCCCCAUUGUCUUCGCCAACGUUAAGAACGCCGACGGCACCGCCUUUGUCAAGGGCAAGACCGUCACCGGCUUCACCAACACCGAGGAGGAGCAGGCUGGUCUGACCGACGCCAUGCCCUUCCUGCUCGAGACCGAGCUCAAGAAGAACGGCGCCAACUUUGUCCUCGCUGACCAGCCUUGGGGUGAGAAGGUUGUCACUGAUGGCAAGCUCAUCACUGGGCAGAACCCUGCCUCGGCCAAGGGUGUUGGUGAGGCCAUCGCCAAGGCUCUCGGUAUCUAAAUUAUUUCAAGCUAGCGAAUAAUAAUGAAUUUAUGAAUGACAUUGACGUUCUAAUUGCCGAAUGCUGUGUGAUGAGCCUGCUAUAGCACGAAACGGACCUAAUUGCGGUG